AUGGUGGGUGAUGGGGUUUAUGAUGGAACAGUGGAGGCAAGAAGAGGGGCACUUGUGGUUUGCUGUGAGAAAUGGUAUGUGAGAAAAGAACUACAUUGGAAGCAGAUGUCACGCUCUAGACAUGCGAGGGACAUUGAUAAGAGCACGAGGUACUUCCAUAACUUAGCUUCUGCGAGAAGGAGAAACAAUAGGAUUGAUGCGCUACUCAUUAAUGGAAGAUUGAUAAGGAAUCAAGCUAGAAUUAAGAUUGCGAUUAGGGAUUUUUAUAGGAACCUAUAUCAUCAGGAGGUGUCUCCCCUGGUGGAAAUGAUUGGUGAAGAGGAUGCUUUGGCUUUGGAGGUGCAAUCGACUCCUGAGGAGGUUAGAAAAGCAGUGUGGGAUUGUGAAUCAUCUAAGACUCCAGGAAGUGAUGGGUACAACAUGAACUUCAUAAAGAGGUGUUGGAUUGAAAUUGGCUCUGAAUUUACGGCAGCGGUGUUGGGUUUUUUCCUGACUUCCAAGUUAUCGGCGGAUGCUAAUCUCACUUAG